AUGCCGGAGCGGAAAAUUGCCCGCUUCUCACCGCUCGCAAUAUUUUGUGCAGCUCAAAACUUUCGGAGCGCAUUCGUCGGUUCCCUUUCAUGUGGAUUCAUGUUAUUGUUCAGUCCAAUAGCAUCCCUGGCAUGUGCUCGUUACGGUCAUCGCGCAGUAUCAGUAGCGGGAUGUGUCGUCUGCGUCAUCGGAUUAGCCUCAUCCUCGUUUGCCAAUGGUCUCGCAGUACUCUUCUUUACUCAUAGUAUACUAUUCGGGAUAGGUUCCAGUUUCCCGUACACUGUGGCGAUAAUUUCCAGCGGGCAAUACUUUCUCAAACACCGUUGCCUAGCAACAGGGAUCUCACUGGCAGGAGUCAGUGUCGGCACGUUGAUGAUGACGCCCCUUACACAGUUUCUGGUUACUCACGUAGGAUGGCGCAACGCGUUCAGAAUCGAAGCCACUAUGAUGUUACUGGCGUUGGUGGCGUCCUUCUCUUAUCGUUCAGUUAAGGAAUGUCAACGGCUGUUGUUGCCGUCAGAAAGCAUUCAAAAUUCGCCACUGAAAAAAUUCAUAUCUGAUACCGCAAUCUGGAAAGAUCGUGUGUUCUGGAUCUGGACUACGACUAUAUCAUUAGUAUUUCUCGGAUACUACGUACCAUACGUCCAUUUAGUCAAGUAUGCCGAAAUGUGCGGAUUUUCGGCUGGUAGUGGCGCUUGGCUGAUGUGCUACCUCGGCCUGGCCACCACUAUCGCUAGAAUCAUAUUCGGCAAGCUCUGUGACGUUGUCAAAGUGAAUCGUAUCUAUUCUAACCAGAUUUGUAUGCUGACCAGCGGCGUGGUAAUGAUGUUGUUCCCCCUGGCGACCAGAUACGGUUGGCUCGUUGCCUUGGUUGUUUUAUAUGGUUUGGCAGACGGUCUGUUUAUUUCACUGUUGCCUAUUUUAACGCAAGAUUUGGUGGGUGUGAACAAGAUGACAAAAGCAUGGGGGAGCAUGUUGGUAACCACAUCAGUUGCAUUCAUGCUGGGUCCACCAAUCGCAGGGUGUAUAUUCGACAGUGAAACAUCGUACAACACCGUGUUCUAUAUGUUCGGCUCGUGUGUUGUAGCCGGUGCUCUUAUUUUGUGCCUCGUACCUUGGGCUAAAAAAACAGGUAAACUAGCCAGUGUAACGUCAAUGAACUUAACGCUGCCAACUGAACGCGUGACGUCAUUUGAGAACCCUAAUUACCACGAGGAAUCGGAGUCUGGAUAUGACGCAGGUAUUCUCGCAACCAGCUUUGAAAGCAUCAAUUCACCAGAUUAA